CCCGCGGACGCGAUCGAGAGACUUGUGCUCGUCUUCGGCGCGACGCGACACUCAGCGCAGCCUCUUUGGAUUUACAACCUGCAACGCGAUUCCGAGCGCGAUCAGCCCCGCUACCGUCGCCGACUCCGAAUCAUCUUCGGCUUCCUUCCCGUUUCAUUUCAUUUUUUUCUAGCGACGCAGGACUCAUCUGGGAAUCGGAGGAGAGAAAAGUUAUUUCUUUUUUUUUACUUUUUACUUUUACGGAUGAGCGUUUUUGAAUGGAGUUCAUAUGUUGUCCGACACACAUAGGGGAAAGUAACGGCAAUUGUGGCUGAUUUUCUUUUCAAGUAUUUGUUUAUUUAUUUAUUUUUUAUUUAUUUGCUGGCUCACGUUUCGCACCCUUGGUGCAAAUCUUGGAAUUCGGGAUGGGUGUUCGUUAAAACUGAUUUUUAAGGACAUUUGAAAAACCUUUUCUUUUAGGACCGCGCGGGGACUCUUUUAAUGCUGCCCGCUGUUUGGAUUAUACUCUUUCAUUUUUCUGUCUGUUUUGCGCUCCGGGAGAAUCGAGAUCGCAGCAGCCGGAGGAAGAAGGCGCACGAUGGAGAGGGUUAAAACGCUUCUGUGAGUCGCACAGCCCUGCAUUAACCGUGCGAUCACGUCGCUUUCCUAAGCGUUUAAAAGCCGCAGCUGCCCGGUCACAAGAGGUGAAAACAGCCGACUGUUGAAAAGGGUUUGAUGGAGAUCAGGUCGGAUGACAGCUGGAACUGUUGUUAUCACCGGUGGAAUACUAGCAACGGUGAUUUUAUUGUGCAUCAUAGCUGUGCUCUGUUACUGUAGGCUCCAGUAUUAUUGCUGUAAAAAGGAGGAGUCAUAUGAUGAGGAAGAGGAGUCCGACAGUCCAAUCCACCCACAGUUUGCCUGCAAUGCAUGCAGUAGUCAGCAAAUGGAUGGACCUGCCCUCAGUACCCUGGUGCUGCCCACAGGUGCCAUCCAGCAUGGAGGACUGGAGGAGGCAGGAGCAAGGGCAGGGGCAUCAAACAUGGGCCCAUGGAACUAUUGCCCUACCUGCUCCCCCUAUAACUCUCCUUUUUACAUACGGACAACAGAUGAGAUGCGCAAUGGAGGAGAACGGAUUACAUAUACGCCUACCCGAUAUGAAGAUUCGGGUCUUACAGUCAAAAUGUCCACUCUGCAGAGUGCCACGGUGAGCCACCCAGUCAGCACCAGGGCUAUAAGUACAGAGGUUUGAGUAGAGACCACCAGGAUUCGUUUUGUGUUUUUUUUUUCCCCUUUCCCUAAUUGUAGGUGCCAUAUUGUUUUUUAUGAGUUGCUUGAAAAGCGAAUUAAACAUGUUGAGCAAAAGGAAGACUUCAAGGGUGACCUUUGCACCCCCAUUUACCUGAAAAAUGCACACGGCUCUCCAAAAAGAGAGCGAUGAGGGCUACCAUUUUGAGGGUUCCUCCUAUAAUCUUGAAUUUCUAGGACAAUGAAUGGCUUAUGUAUCUUAGGAAUUAACUGACCAUGACGAAGGAAAAUUCAAAAUGUAAACGGGAGAAAGUUUCGGAUGUAAAGGAAAAAAUGCAUGCAUUAGAAUGGCCAAGUGAUCGAUGAAAGGUGUUCUUAUUCUCUUUUAAUAGACUAAAAGAUGCGAACACACCUCUAGAACUGCAGUGUCUGCAAAGAAAAAAGGGUUUAUCUCCCUCCGCAUGAGGCACUCUGGCUGACUUCUGUGACGAGGAGACUGACAUUCAGCCAUUAGUUUUACUUUAUGCUUGCGUCUUUGAAAAUUGAAUUUUUUGGUGCCAUGGUGUCCACUUCCAGCUAUGGUGGGGGUUACAUUGUAAUUACGUAACAUACAGAGCAAAAAAUAAAUCAAUAAAUAGAUGAUAAAAGAAAGGUUUAAUUACUUACAGUCUGUUAUUUCAGUAGUUAUUUUUAUAAUGAUGAUACAACCUUUUCAAAAUGGAGGUCCGGAGAAUGGAAGGACAAAAUGCACAACAUAUUUCCUUUGAAAGUCUUGCAGAAAUAAUUAUCUUAUCCCAUGGCAAAUGUGUUCCUUUGU